CACAUUGUGUCGAUAUACCGGUCGUGUUGUGUUUUCAUUCUCGUUCUGAACGGUCAUGUCUGUUCAUUCCGCUGAAGAUCCGUUCCCGUUCCACGGGCUACUUCCGAAAAAAGAGACCGGCGCUGCCUCGUUCCUCACCAAGUUCCCGGAGUACGAUGGCCGAGGGGUGCUCAUCGCGAUCCUCGACACCGGGGUGGACCCAGGGGCCCCGGGCAUGCAGAUCACCACAGACGGGAGACCGAAGAUCGUGGACAUCAUCGACACGACGGGCAGCGGAGACGUGAACAUGUCCAGCGUGGCGGAGCUGAAGGACGGCAGCGUGAUCGGACUCACGGGACGCACGCUCAGAAUUCCGGAUGACUGGGAGAAUCCGUCGGGGAAAUAUCACGUCGGAAUAAAGAACGCUUAUGAUUUUUUCCCUAAAGCUCUCAAAGAGAGAAUACAGAAAGAGCGUAAGGAGAAGCUGUGGGAUCCGGCACACCGCUCCGCUCUCGCUGAGGCCAGUCGCCGGGCAGAAGAGUUCGACCAGAGUCACCCGAACCCCUCUCAGAUGGAGAAGCUACAGAAGGAGGAGCUGCAGUGUCACGUGGAGCUGUUGGGGACCCUGGAGAAGAAGUACAGCGACCCAGGGCCGGUGUAUGACUGUGUGUCGUGGCACGACGGCGCCACAUGGAGGGCUGUGGUGGACACGUCUGAGACCGGAGAGCUGUCGUCCUGCACCGUCCUGAGCUCGUACCGGGAGAAGCAGGAGUACGCCACGCUGGGACACGCAGAGAUGCUCAAUUACUCGCUGAACAUCUACGACGAGGGAAACACGCUGUGUAUCGUCACUAGCGGAGGAGCUCACGGCACACAUGUGGCCAGCAUCGCCGCCGGACACUUCCCCGAGGAGCCCGAGCGCAACGGCGUGGCCCCGGGAGCCCAGAUCCUGGCGCUGAAGAUCGGAGACACGCGCCUCAGCACCAUGGAGACCGGCACCGGCCUCAUACGAGCGAUGAUUGAAGUCAUAAAGUACAAGUGUGAUCUGGUGAACUACAGUUACGGCGAGGCGACGCACUGGCCCAACUCAGGGAGAGUCUGCGAGGUCAUCACGGAGGCUGUGCAGAAGCAUAAUGUUCUGUUCGUGUCGAGCGCUGGGAACAACGGCCCGUGUUUGUCCACCGUGGGCUGUCCCGGAGGAACCACCAGCAGUGUGAUCGGUGUGGGCGCUUACGUGACGCCUGACAUGAUGGUGGCCGAGUACUCGCUGAGAGAGAAGCUUCCCCCGAACCAGUACACGUGGUCGUCGCGCGGGCCCAGCACUGACGGCGCUCUGGGCGUUAGCAUUAGCGCUCCCGGCGGAGCUAUCGCCUCUGUUCCCAACUGGACGCUCCGCGGCACACAGCUCAUGAACGGCACCUCCAUGUCCUCGCCCAACGCCUGCGGGGGGAUCGCGCUCGUGCUCUCAGGUCUGAAGCAGAACGGCGUGCGUCCCACAGUGCCGGUGGUGCGGCGAGCUCUGGAGAACACGGCUCUUAAAGUGGAUGAUAUCGAAGUGUUUGCACAGGGUCACGGCAUCAUUCAGGUGGAGCGUGCGUUCGACUACCUCAUGCAACACGUGUCUCUGCCCACCAGCGGCCUGGGCUUCAGCGUGACCGUAGGGUCUCAGAGAGGAGUCUACCUCAGGGAACCGGCCCACGUCACCGGCCCGUCCGAUCACGCCGUCGGCAUCGAGCCCGUGUUUCCAGAGAACGCAGAGAACUCGGCCCGUAUCUCUCUGCAACUGCAUCUGGCUCUGGUCUGCAACGCUCCCUGGGUUCAAUGCCCGUCGCACCUGGAGCUCAUGAACCAGUGCCGCCACCUGAACGUGCGCAUCGACCCGCUGGGCCUUCGAGAGGGGCUUCACUACACCGAGGUGUGUGGAUUCGACACGUCGGCUCUCGGCGCUGGUCCUCUCUUCAGAGUGCCUAUAACGGUCAUCAUCCCUGCCAAAGUCACUGAUACUCGCAGUCAGGAGGUCGCGUUCACAGACGUCCACUUCAGACCAGGACAGAUCCGGCGGCAUUUCAUCAACGUUCCUCAUGGAGCAUCAUGGGCAGAGAUCUCGUUAACGUCUCACUCUGGAGACGUGUCGUCGAAGUUCGUCCUGCAUGCGGUUCAUCUGGUGAAGCAGCGAGCGUAUCGAGCCAAUGAGUUUUAUAAGUUCUCGUCUCUGCUGGAGAAGGGCUCGCUCACGGAGGCUUUUCCUGUGCUGCCAGGACGGACUCUGGAGUUGUGUGUCGCUCGCUGGUGGGCGAGUCUCGGUGACGUCAACAUUGAUUAUGUCAUUUCCUUCCACGGGCUGGUGACAUCACCCUCCCCUCUUCAUAUUCACGCCUCUGAAGGGAUUUCUAGUUUUGAGGUCUGUUCUCCAUUGAGAUAUGAAGAUGUUUCCCCAACAAUCACAUUGAAGAACUGGGUUCAGCCCCUCAGGCCUGUGAGCGCUAAAGUCAAACCCCUCGGCGUCAGGGAUGUGUUACCCAACAACAGACAGCUCUACGAGAUCGUCCUCACGUAUAAUUUCCAUCAGCCCAAGAGUGGCGAGGUGAUGCCCAGCUGUCCACUUCUGUGCGAGUUAUUAUACGAGUCUGAGUUUGACAGUCAACUCUGGCUCCUGUUUGACCAGAACAAGAGGCUCAUGGGAUCUGGAGAUGCCUACCCACACCAGUACUCCCUGAAGCUGGAGAAGGGCGAUUACACGGUGCGUCUGCAGGUGCGUCACGAGCAGCAGAGCGAGCUCGAGCGUCUGAAGGACCUGCCGUUCCUCGUCUCGCACCGGCUCUCCAACACACUCUCGCUGGACGUCUACGAGACACACCGGGCCGCCAUGAUGGCCAAGAAGAAGUCCAACUCGCUCACGCUGAGCCCCGGCGCCUCGCAGCCCUUCUACAUCACCGCUCUGCCUGACGACAAGAUCCCUAAAGGUGCCGGUCCAGGCGGAUACAUCACCGGCUCGCUGGUUCUGCCCAAGAGUGAGUUCGGCAAAAAAGCAGGACAAGCAUCAGCCAAACGACAAGGAAAAUUUAAAAAGGACAUCGUGCCGAUCUUUUACCACCUGGUUCCUGCUCCCAACAAAACCAAGAAUGGCAAAGAGAAGGAGAAAGAUGCGGAGAAGGAGAAAGACGUGAAGGACGAGUUCAGCGAAGCGCUGCGAGACCUGAAGAUCCAGUGGAUGACCAAGUUGGACAGUGGUUCGCUGUACGAGGAGCUGAAGGAGGCGUUUCCCACACAUCUCCCACUGCACGUCCAGAGACUCCAUCAGCUCGACUCCGAGAAGGAGCGAUCGAAGCGUUUGGGGGAGAUCGCGGCGGCGGCCGAUACGGUGAUGUCACACAUCGACCCGACGGCGCUGGCCGUUUACCUUAGCAUGAAGACGGACCCGCGGCCAGAUGCUGUCACUAUCAAGAGUGACAUGGAGAAGCAGAAGGCGUCUCUGCUGGACGCUCUGUGCCGGAAGGGCUGUGCUCUGGCCGAUCAGCUGAUGGAGCCGGUGGAUCAGGACGGUGCCAGCGCUGGAGAAGUGGGCGGGUCUGAGGAUGAGCCGGGGGGCGUGGCCAAAGCUUUGACUGACACCUUCUGGGAGGUGCAGAAGUGGGCGGAGCUCACCGACUCUAAGGUUUUAACAUUUUCCUACAAACACGCGCUGGCAAACAAAAUGUACGCGAGGGCCUUGAAGUACGCGACUAAGAUCGUCGAGGACAAACCCAGCAAAGAGAACUGGAAGAACUGCACACAGCUGCUGCGUUCUCUGGGCUGGUCUCACUGCGUCUCCUACACGGAGAACUGGCUGCCCAUCAUGUUCCCGUCGGACUUCACACCGUUCUAACGUCUUAAACUGAGGAGACUCUCAAUGCCUUCUGGAAACAUCAGAAACCAAACACCUCAUAUCACACGGAUCCCAUAAUGCCUUCCUGCGUGCGGAUCUCUGCACACACACAGUUCCUAUCAUAUCUGUGUUCGUCGUAUAAUAACCUGCAUUAUGUUGUUUGAAAUGUGAUUUCUGGGCUUUUGCUCGGUGGACAUUUUUCCCUCAACAACAACAACAGUGCAAAUAUACAAGGCAAUAUGAUGGACGUCCAGUUGAGUUUUGUGGGUGGAAUGUCAAUAUAAGAAAAUAUCAUUUCUUUUCUUUUCUUUUUUAAAAUUUUUUGGGGGUGAAUUUUUUUUGUUUUGUUGUGAUUGACCUUUGUGUAUGUCAAAUGUAUGCAUGUUUUAUAAAGACACGAGGGUCAUUUUAUGUUCA